GGGGCUGCCCCGCACUGAGCGGGCGCGCGGUGCUUUGGUGCGCCGAGGGUCGUGGUGCGCCGUGAGGGAAAGCCGGUGAGCUUCGGCCUGCGCGGGGCGGGCAGCGCCGCCCGCCUGCGUGCUGCGGCCCCCUCAGGCACCGCCGCGCUGGGUUGUGCGGGCAGAAAAUCCUGUUCUCGCGCUGUUGUUGGCUUAACGAUGGCUGUCGGUUUAUAUAAAGAUUCUGGAGUUUCCCCAGAAGCUCGGAUUGUCUCUGCGAAAUGGGAACGUAAUUACGUGCGGUGGCUUAAUGGAGUAUUUUUCUGACACAAAUACAUGGAAAAAAAUAGUGAGAUAUGGCCCUGAACAGCGGCAGGUGAAAAUAAAAGCCCCGAAGUCUGUCCUCGGUGUUCGAUCUGCCCUUUCUUAUGCUCUCCAUAAAGUAGGAAGGGAGGAGAGAUGGACAGCCUCUCAGGAACCGGUGGCCGGGCGCAGAGCGAGGCACAAGGCAGUCAUAGAAUCAUAGAAUGGCCCAGGUUGAAAAGGACCACAAUGACCGUCUAGUUUCAACCCGCCUGCUGUCUGCAGGGUUUCCAACCACCAGACCGGGCUGCCCAGAGCCACAUCCAGCCUGGCCUUGAAUGCCCCGUGUGAUGAGGGAUAGAUGCAUCUGAUACACAUUUUCCUUUCCUGCCUUUUUCAAAGCCCAACAGGUCACAGGAACCGUGGAUGGUGAAUCUGAAAUGCUGAGAUGUGGAAAAUGCAUGUUCUGGCUCCAAAAAUGAAAAUUAAGCUAACACAGAUAACCGACAUACAAUGCCUAGUCAGCUGAGUGGCGUAUAGUUGAGUGACUCUUCGUCACCUUGACCAGUGUCUAUUCUCUUCAGAUUCCUCCUCCCCUUUAUUGCUGUUCUCUGUCUAUGGCUACCAGAACAAGAUCGACCUUGCUGCCUCAGUGAUGCUGAAGGUCGUCAAUCUGCUGCUUGGGAAGCGUGACAGAGAGGAGGAGGAAAGGACAUGUGCCUCUGAAGAGCAGCUUGCACAGCAGCAGUGCUGAUCUGCUGCACUCUGUCCCCUGUGUAUCGACACCAUUGUCUGAAGAGAGGAUUUGUUAACUUAGUCGUGCUUAGGGUUUAAAAGAUGGCUGAAGAUGGCAGUGAUGAGACUAUGUUUGUUUGGUGCGAGGAUUGUGGGCAGUACCAUGAUUCAGAGUGCCCUGAGCUGGGCCCGGUGGUGACAGUCAAAGAUUCCUUUGUGUUGAGCAGGGCCAGAUCAUCUCUCCCUUCUAAUUUGGAGAUAAGACAAUUGGAAGAUGGGACUGAAGGAGUAUUUGCUUUGACUCAGCUAGUGAAACGUACCCAAUUUGGCCCAUUUGAAUCCAAGAGAGUUGCCAAGCUUGAAAAAGAAACAGUUUUUCCCCUAAAGGUGUUCCAGAAAGAUGGGCCCUUGUUAUACUUUGACACCUCAAAUGAAGAUGAUUGCAACUGGAUGAUGAUGGUGCGACCAGCUACUGAACAUGAGCAUCAAAACUUAACUGCCUUCCAGCAUGACAAUGAUAUUUAUUUCACCACCUCCCGGGACAUCCCACCAGGAACUGAGCUGCGAGUGUGGUAUGCGGCUUUUUACGCCAAAAAAAUGGAAAAGCCAAUGCUGAAGCAGGUCACUAGUAUUUCCAAUGAUAUGUGCUUGGUAGUGAUGGAAUGUGAUAAAGAGGGGAACAAAGUCUCUUCAAAGCCCUCAACUGUUGUCUUCCCCCAUAAAAAAACGAAGAAAUCCAGCAUACCAGUAGCUGAUCCAACAGCGAGUGCUCCAGAAGGCAGUGGAGCUGCAGAAGCAGAGCCCAGCCAGUGGACGUGUAAAGUGUGUUCAUCUGCUUUCCAGGAGCCUCAGCUUUUGACAGAGCACUUGAUGAGUCACCUGGAACAAGCUAAAUGUGCCCCCCAAACCAGCCAAAGUGAGGCUGUUGCAGAGAAAGUAACAGAGGCUCCUCCUGCGGAUCCACCAGUGGGUUGUGAUGCUGCCAGUGCCAGUACAGACUCAAGGAGAAAGGCCAGGCGGGGAAGAAAGAUCAAAACAGCAAAAGCAGAAACAGAAGCACCCCUUGCUGUUGCUGAAGAGAAAGAUCCUGCAGUGGAACGUGUAGCUGACACUGCAGCUGAAGUCCCACCAGAAGAAGUGGCUCUGCCAUCAGCUGCAGAAGAGAGGAUAAUGGAAUUGGUUUUAGGAAAGAUGCCUAGCACCACAAAUAGCAUCAGUUCAGUCACAAAUAGGUUUGCUCAUCACCAAAACAGCAUGUCCCUCAAAAGAAGUUUAAUUCUCUCCAGUAGACAUGGUAUACGGCGGAAGCUGAUAAAACAACUUGGGGAGCACAAAAGAGUCUAUCAGUGCAGUAUCUGCAGUAAGAUCUUCCAGAACAGCAGCAACCUCAGCAGGCACAUCCGUUCUCAUGGUGACAAACUAUUUAAAUGUGAGGAAUGCGCAAAGCUGUUCAGCCGUAAAGAGAGCUUAAAGCAGCAUGUUUCAUACAAGCACAGCAGGAAUGAAGUUGACAGUGAGUACAGAUACAAGUGCACAACAUGUGAAAAGGCUUUUCGAAUAGAGAGUGCCUUGGAAUUCCAUAACUGCAGGACAGAUGAUAAGACAUUCCAAUGUGAGAUGUGUUUCAGAUUCUUUUCUACAAACAGUAAUCUUUCCAAACACAAGAAAAAGCAUGGAGAUAAGAAGUUUGCAUGUGAAAUCUGCAAUAAGAUGUUCUACAGGAAGGAUGUCAUGCUGGACCAUCAAAGGCGACACCUGGAAGGGGUGAGGCGUGUGAAAAGAGAAGACUUUGAACACAGCACGGAAAACAUGGUUCGCUACAAGAAGGAGCCUUCGGGAUGCCCUGUGUGUGGGAAGGUGUUUUCAUGUAGGAGCAAUAUGAACAAACACCUUCUAACGCAUGGAGACAAGAAAUACACCUGUGAAAUCUGUGGACGUAAAUUUUUUAGAGUGGAUGUGUUGAGAGAUCACAUUCAUGUCCAUUUUAAGGAUAUAGCACUAAUGGACGAUCACCAGAGGGAAGAGUUCAUUGGUAAAAUUGGAAUCUCAUCAGAGGAAAAUGAUGACAAUUCUGAUGAAAGUGCAGAUUCUGAGCCUCACAAGUAUAGCUGCAAAAGGUGCCAGUUAACUUUCGGCCGAGGAAAGGAGUACUUGAAGCAUAUAAUGGACGUGCACAAGGAGAAAGGCUAUGGCUGUAGCAUUUGUAAUCGACGUUUUGCCUUGAAGGCUACUUACCAUGCACACAUGGUCAUUCACCGGGAGAACCUACCUGAUCCUAAUGUGCAGAAAUACAUCCAUCCAUGUGAAAUCUGUGGAAGGAUUUUUAACAGUAUAGGGAAUCUGGAAAGACACAAGCUUAUACAUACAGGUGUAAAAAGUCAUGCUUGUGAGCAAUGUGGCAAAUCAUUUGCUAGGAAAGACAUGUUAAAAGAACACAUGCGGGUCCAUGAUAAUAUCCGAGAAUACUUGUGUGCAGAAUGUGGCAAAGGAAUGAAGACAAAACAUGCACUUCGUCAUCACAUGAAACUUCAUAAAGGGAUAAAAGAAUAUGAAUGCAAGGAAUGUCACCGAAAAUUUGCACAGAAAGUCAACAUGCUGAAGCAUUACAAAAGACACACGGGAAUCAAAGAUUUCAUGUGUGAGCUCUGUGGGAAGACUUUUAGUGAGAGAAAUACAAUGGAGACUCAUAAGUUGAUUCAUACAGUAGGAAAACAGUGGACAUGUUCAGUCUGUGAUAAGAAGUAUGUCACUGAUUACAUGCUCCAGAAACACAUACAGCUCACUCACGAUAAGGUGGAAGCCCAGAGCUGUCAGCUGUGUGGGACAAAGGUUUCUACCAGAGCAUCCAUGAGUCGACAUAUGAGGCGUAAACAUCCAGAGAUUCUUUCAGUGAAGAUUGAUGAUUUAGAGCAGCUGCCAGAGACUACAACCAUUGAUGCCUCUUCAAUUGGGAUUGUUCAGCCUGAAUUAGCCUUGGAACAGGGAGAAUUACCAGAAGGAAAACAGCAUAUGAAAGCUCCUAAGCGUGGCCAGAAACGAAAGCAGAAGUCAGGUGAGGAGGAGGAAACUCAAGUGCCUGAGGACCCUGCCUUCAGUGAAUACACAGAGAAGGAAGCUGAAUUUACAGGAAAUGUUGGAGAUGAGACUAAUUCAGCUGUACAGAGCAUUCAACAGGUGGUGGUGACCCUUGGUGACCCAAAUGUCACAGCGCCAUCCAGUUCUGUUGGACUGACAAAUAUCACUGUUACCCCCAUAACAACGGCAGCUGGAACGCAAUUCACAAACCUCCAACCAGUGGCUGUGGGCCACCUGACUGCACCGGAGCGCCAGUUGCAGCUGGACAACUCCAUUCUCACUGUAACAUUUGAUACAGUCAGUGGUUCCGCCAUGCUGCACAACCGCCAGAAUGACAUUCAGAUCCAGCCGCAGCCAGAGGCAGCCAAUCCUCACUCGGUGGCGCAUUUUAUAAACCUAACCACCUUGGUGAACUCCAUUGCUCCUCUAGGAAACCAGAUAACAGAACAGCAUCCUCUGACGUGGAGGUCGGUGCCUCAAACUGAUGUCUUACAGCCCCCGGCACAGCCAGCGCAGCAGCAGUCAGGACAGCAACAGGUUCAAGCAGAGCAGCAGCAACAGAUGUAUAGCUACUAAUUUAUAAUUUGAAAAUUUGAAGUGGACAGUAGAGACAAAAACACACGGAUGUUUGGAAAAUUUCUGAUAGGAUUAUUUGCUGGAUACCAAACAGAGAUGGGAAAGUAUUUGUACAAUGAAAUGUAAGCUAAAAUUGGCAUCGCACCCUGCAACAUCUGUGAGAAUCUUGAGGUUCUCACAUCAUCUCUAAACAUUGCAAUGUUUUUUUAAAAAAAAAAAAUCAAAACCAAAACCAUCACAAAUUUAGUACCCCUGCUAAAUUGUACUGUGUAUUUUGCACUGUGAAUUUGGGGCAGUAAGAUUGAGAUUUGAGAGGAAGCAUCAUAAUACACCUUAACCAAAGCAGGGAAAUUAUAUGGCACUGGAAAAUCAGAAAACCUUUUAGCUAUAACAUGACACUUCCUUCCAGUCUGUAAACUUUUUAUGAAGACCUCAUUGACAGUGAGCUGGAAUACACUUGUGGUCAGCUGAUAGAGACUGAAAUGUACACAGAAAUGGGCAAAACAAUAAUUGUUUUCUUUCUCCUUUUGGUCCUUCUAACAACAUUGGUAUAAUAGGUUGAGGCUGGGACAUGGGGGUGGGGCUGAGUGUGGUGUGGAAGAAAAUAGAUCAUUUUCACAAGUAUUUCCAUUUUAGUGAUGGGAAGAGCCCUGUACCCCUAAUGAUGUUAGUGCUACUUGAAUCACAUAGCUGGUCUAAUACUAAAGAACUUCUAUGGUCUUCUAGUCAAGUCAGAAUCAAACCAGUUAUGAACUGAAACAAGAAUGUGAUACAGUUUUAUGUAAUUUUAAAAAAACUGCUCUUUCAAACUUGCUUUUAGCUAAUAGAUCCGAAGAGUAAUUGGUCCUCUUUGAUCAAGUUCAGGAUGUGAAUUUUUUUUCAAUUAGUCUUCUUUCAUCGUGUAAUAAACAUUUGAGAAAGUAUUCUUUUUAUAUAUAUAUACAUAUAUAUAUAUAUAUAUGCCUUUGUACUUUACUGUGCAUUUCUGGUGAAUAUUUGUGUGAAAGACACUGUUAUCAAUAUAAGUCAUUAAUUUUUUCAUCCUCCUAUUGCCCUGUCUCACAGAAAUAAUGCAUGAAUUCUAGUCCGUUCUAUUUCCAACUUUCAGAGCCACACACAGUUGUGUGAAAUGCAAGACAAAAGAAAGUCUGAAGCAUGCUUGGCCACGUGGAGGCAGCAUGCCCUAGUGUAGAAGGGGCAAGGUUUGCCUGAAUAUUGGAGCUGUAAACUAGGGGGUUGGGCAGUCAGUGAGUGACAAACCCGCCCACAGCAGAGGGUUGGAACUGGAUGGGCUUUAAAGGUCCCUUCCGACCCAAGCCAUUCUGUGGUUGUGAUUCUAUGAAAUACAUCAAUGCUGAUACAACACUUUUGAUUCCAUUCUCCACAUAUUGAUGUGCAUUCUGGUCAGUUGCACGUCAAAAAGACGGUAUCUCUUCCACAGAUAAGAACGGCUGCUAUGGAAAAGAAAUUAACUAAAAAUGAACAAUAACAAAAAAUAAAUAAAAAUAAACAGGUGCUGUCUGGAAUCCUGACAUCCAAAAUUGUCCUACCAGCUGCAGCUGAAGAACAAGUCCUUUCAGGGCUGCAAAUUGAGCCAGCCUCAGAACCUUAAGUUUUUUGCCAGGUAUAAAGCAUCUGCUGUGUUUAACAGUGAAGAUAGAUUGAUGGUUGUAAAAAUCCUGUCUGUGCCUAUCCUAUUUAUGAAAAUGUUGUAUGUAUUAGCAAAAAUAUGAGUAGGACUGAGUUUGUCUUUGAAAGUCUGUAUUAACAUGGACUACCUGACCCCUAAAUGAUGCCUUAGAAUCUCUGCAACAAAUCCUUCCAAAGUAUAAAUGACUGGAAAUUAAAGUUAA